UGAGCAAACAGGACCACUCGGCAUUUCCGUAGCCGAACAGUAACAUAGAAAAGUCCAAAGGAGUUCCGAUUGAGAACAGACAACAAGGAACAACCCCCUGUGAGGAUGUCGCACGUCAGGACAACCUUUAGAGGAUGCCAGGACUGGGAAGAUUUUGGCUAUCCUCUGUCAACUAGCAGUGACGAGGCAUGUAAGUUGUACGAUGCAGCGCUAUCUCAGAUGGUGGGAUGGUAUGAGGAUCCGAAUUUCGGCGGCCUGAUGACCACCAUUGACAAGAUGUUGGAGGCGGAUCCGGAGUUUGUUAUGGGACAUAUCAUGGCUGUUAGCAUCAAGCUGGUAGGAACGGUAUUUAUCGCUCCCGAUGAUCCCAUCAGGGAAGAGGUUACAAAACUGGAACAACUCAUGUCAAAUAAAACUGUUACAGACAUCGAGAAGAAACACCUUGAGGCCAUCAAAAAACUGCUAGAUACAGACCUGAUUGGAGCUUUGUUUGUAUGGGAUGCCAUUAUACAUUGGAAUCACUUCGAUAUUCUUGCCAUCCGUCACGCAUUCUUCGGUUGUUUUUACUGCGGAUCAUACGCAAAGGGUCGAGAUGUGCUGAGUAGGAUUGUGAAUGAAUGGGAUCCCAGCAUGCCUCUUUAUGGGUAUUUUCUAGGAGAGUAUGCAUUUCUAUCCCAGGAAACGUUUCUCUUCGAGCGUGCAGAACGCGACGGCUUGCGGGCUUUAGAAAUGAACAAACACGAUAUCUUUGCCACUCAUGCUAUAUCACAUGUGUAUGAGAUGCAGGGCCGAGUGGAAGAAGGAUUGAAACUUGUGGAGGGAACGGAAAACGACUGGAAUGCGUGUGAUAGGCUGGCCUGCCAUUUGUACUGGCACAACAGCUUGUAUUACGUGGAAAAGGGCAGUUACGAAGAAGCUCUGGGAAUUUUUGAUAACGAGCUUGUCAAACGGUACAAAGCCUCAAAGUCGAUUGGUCAGAUGGUAGACUGUAGCUCUCUAUUAUACCGGCUGGAACUGGAGAAUGUGUCAGUCGGGGACAGAUGGCAAGAUGUAUUUGAGAUUGUGAAUGGUGGAAUAGACAGCCACCUAAACUUAUACACAGACCCUCACCUCCUGAUGACGUGUCUAGGGGCCAAGGACACAGCUGCCGUCAACACGUUUAUGGACACCUUUAGGGAUUCCGUCAGUAACGGACAUGGUCGAAGUAAGGGGGUGUCCGAGAGGAUCCUACUGCCCCUCUGUGAGGCUCUACAAGCCCAUGAUGAGGGCGAUCACGGGAAGGUUGUGGACCUCACCUAUCCCCUCCGGCACGAACUCGUUAAUGUUGGGGGCAGUAAUGCACAGAGGGACAUCUUUGAUUUGCUCCUGAUCGAUUCUGCUUUAAAAUCAGACAGGAAAGAACACAAGAACUUUGGAAGACAUCUACUGGUUGAGAGAAAGGCUUUCAAAGAGAACUCUCCUAUGACUGAUCGGAUGAUGGAGAGACUACUGGUUUCCCAUGUCAACUGAGCUUGGAGCAGACUACUGUUACAAGACACAGCCAAUCUCUCGUAACAAGGAACCAUUCCAUCCUGGCACUGUUCCUCUGUAGACAAAUACUGAUUGUCAAAACGUCAACUUCCAUGUACUCACGUGACUGUCGUCUGCUUAUAAUUAUCAUUCAGACAUUUCGGUUGUGACACCAAGGUGUCUCCUAUGAUACAUGCUAAUGAAUAUGCCUAAUGAGACUUUCACAGUAAACAUUUAUUGAUGCUAUUUUGUUGUCAGUGCGAAGACAUCGGUUGAAUUCAUCUCCUAAUAACUCUUAGUGUGGUUAAGUCGAUCUUGUCUCCGAGAUGCUUGGACAAGGUACAAAGCAAUGACAUUUAACUUUCACCCAAAAUCUUGCCAGAUUUGUUCCAGUGCACAAAACUACUGAGAAACCAAUCUUCCAUUUGUUUCCUGAUGUUUUUUAACGUAAGAUAAAUGUGUUGAAAUGUUUCAGAUAAAUGUUGACUGCCUUAAUAUUUAAACGGCGCUUUCUUUAUUCCUAUUUUAAUGUUGUAAUUAAAUAGGGUUGUUCAUGCGUGUGCUC